CAGGCUCAGAACGUCCCAGGAGCCCAGCAGGACACCCUUGUGCCAUGGUGCACGUCGGAGGCCUGCAGCGGCCGGGCUGCCUGGCCCUGGCGGCCCUGCUCAGCCUCGCAGUUGGCCAGGACGUGUUCCUGGCCCCGAAUCGCGCAAAGUCGCUGCUGCAGCGGACGCGCAGGGCCAACAGCGGCUUCCUGGAGGAGCUACGCAGGGGCAACCUGGAGCGCGAGUGCGUGGAGGAGCAGUGCAGCUACGAGGAGGCCUUUGAGGCCCUGGAGUCGUCCAGCGCCACGGAUGUAUUCUGGGCCAAGUACACAGCGUGCGAGUCCGUGCGGAAGCCCCGGGAGACCCUCAUGGAGUGUCUGGAUGGUCACUGCGCCAAGGGCCUGGGCAUGAACUACCGUGGGACCGUGAACGCCACCCGGUCGGGCAUCGAGUGCCAGCUCUGGAGCAGUCGCUACCCGCACAGGCCUGAGGUGAACCACACCACCCACCCCGGCGCCGACCUGCUGGAGAACUUCUGCCGCAACCCCGACGGCAGCACCACGGGCCCCUGGUGCUACACCACGGACCCCACCGUGCGCAGGGAGGAGUGCAGCGUGCCCGUGUGCGGCGAGGCCCGCUUCACCGUGGAGAUGACACCCCGCAGCGGUGGCUCCAGGCCGGACGUGUCCUCUUCACUGGCGGACUGCGUACCCCAGCGUGGCCGGCAGUACCAGGGGCGCCUGGCGGUGACAUCAAAGGGGUCCCCCUGCCUGCCCUGGGCCAGUGAGCAGGCCAGGUCCCUGAGCCAGGACAAGGACUUCAGCCCGGAGGUGAAACUGGAGGAGAACUUCUGUCGCAACCCCAACAAGGACGAGGAAGGCGCCUGGUGCUUUGUGGCCGGCGAGUCCAGCCACAUCCAGUACUGCGACCUCAACUACUGUGAGGAGGCGGUGGAGGAGGCGGUGGAGGAGGCCAUCGGGGGCCGCACGACGACAGAGGACUUCCAGACCUUCUUCGAAGAGCAGACCUUCGGCCUGGGGGAGGCCGACUGUGGGCUGCGGCCGCUGUUCGAGAAGAAGCGAGUGAAGGACAAGACGGAAGCGCAGCUCCUGGACUCCUACAUCGACGGGCGCAUCGUGGAGGGCUGGGACGCCGAGACGGGCGUUGCCCCGUGGCAGGUGAUGCUCUUCCGGAAGACUCCCCAGGAGCUGCUGUGCGGGGCCAGCCUCAUCAGCGACCGCUGGGCGCUCACGGCCGCGCACUGCGUCCUGUACCCGCCCUGGGACAAGAACUUCACCGAGAACGACCUCCUGCUGCGCAUCGGCAAGCACUCCCGAAGCAGGUACGAGCGCAACAUGGAGAAGAUCUCCAUGCUGGAGAAGAUCUUCAUCCACCCCCGGUACAACUGGCGGGAGAACCUGGACCGCGACAUCGCCCUGCUCAAGCUCAAGCGCCCCGUGCCCUUCAGCGACUACAUCCACCCGGUGUGCCUGCCCGACAAACAGACGGUGGUCAGUCUGCUCCAGGCUGGCUACAAAGGCCGGGUGACGGGCUGGGGCAACCUGCGCGAGGUGUGGAAGAGCAGCGCUGGCGAGGUGCAGCCCAGCGUGCUGCAGCUGGUGAACCUGCCCAUCGUGGACCGGCCCACCUGCAGGUCGUCCACUCGGAUCCGCAUCACUGACAACAUGUUCUGUGCUGGUUUCAAGCCUGAGGAAGGAAAGCGAGGGGAUGCUUGCGAAGGCGACAGCGGGGGACCCUUUGUCAUGAAGAACCCCUUUAACAACCGCUGGUAUCAAAUGGGCAUCGUCUCCUGGGGUGAGGGCUGUGACCGGGACGGGAAAUACGGCUUCUACACACACGUGUUCCGCCUGAAGAAGUGGAUCCAGAAGGUCAUCGAGCGGUUCGGUGGGCCGGCUCCCACGGCGGUCUCACCGCGCCGACGCAGGCACCAACCCACGCAAUGAGUAUCUCUGUGGCUUCAAAGCACCGUGCCAAUAAAGUGACUGUCGGUGAG